GUGUGCGUCGCGCUGACGACACGCGAAAGGCACAGAUCUAAAGACCCGGAGGACGUUCGGCCUCUGUGAGCCCCAGCCUUUCCGAGCGCGGUGGUGUGUUCGCCAUCUUAGGGAGAAGAUGUUCUCGUCCGUGGCGCACUUGGCGCGGGCGAACCCCUUCAACGCACCCCACCUGCAGCUGGUGCAAGAUGGUCUCGCGGGCCCCCGCAGCAACCCCGCCGGGCCCCCGGGCCCACCCCGCCGCUCCCGCAAACUGGCAGCCGCCGCUGUGGAAGAGCAGUAUAGCUGUGACUAUGGAUCUGGCAGAUUCUUUCUCCUCUGUGGACUUGGAGGAAUUAUUAGUUGUGGCACAACACAUACAGCAUUGGUUCCUCUAGAUCUGGUUAAAUGCAGAAUGCAGGUGGACCCACAAAAGUACAAGGGCAUAUUUAAUGGAUUCUCAAUUACACUUAAAGAAGAUGGUGUUCGUGGUUUGGCCAAAGGAUGGGCUCCGACUUUCAUUGGCUACUCUAUGCAGGGGCUCUGCAAAUUUGGCUUUUAUGAAGUCUUCAAAGUUUUGUAUAGCAACAUGCUUGGAGAGGAGAAUGCGUAUCUCUGGCGCACAUCACUAUAUUUGGCUGCCUCUGCCAGUGCUGAAUUCUUUGCUGACAUUGCUCUGGCUCCUAUGGAAGCUGCUAAGGUUCGAAUUCAGACCCAACCAGGAUAUGCUAACACUUUGAGGGAUGCAGCUCCCAAAAUGUAUAAGGAAGAAGGCUUAAAGGCAUUCUACAAGGGGGUUGCUCCUCUCUGGAUGAGGCAGAUACCAUACACCAUGAUGAAGUUCGCCUGCUUUGAACGUACUGUUGAAGCAUUGUACAAGUUUGUGGUUCCCAAGCCCCGAAGUGAAUGUUCAAAGCCAGAGCAGCUGGUUGUCACAUUUGUGGCAGGUUACAUAGCUGGAGUCUUCUGUGCCAUUGUUUCUCACCCUGCUGAUUCUGUGGUGUCUGUGUUGAAUAAAGAGAAGGGUAGCAGUGCGUCUCUGGUCCUCCAGAGACUUGGAUUUAGAGGUGUAUGGAAGGGACUCUUUGCCCGUAUCAUCAUGAUUGGCACUCUGACUGCACUGCAGUGGUUCAUCUAUGACUCUGUGAAGGUCUACUUCAGGCUCCCUCGCCCUCCUCCACCUGAGAUGCCAGAAUCUCUGAAGAAGAAGCUUGGGUACACUGAGUAGAUGAAAGCAGAUGUGGACUGAAUCUGCUUGUUGAUCAGUGUUGAGGAAAAUGCAGAAGGAACUUUUAUAUAUUUGACAGUGUAGGAAAUUGUCUAUUCCUAAUAUAAUUACUGUAGUACUCUUGCCAGAAGCAAGAGUUUCAAACUUACUGUUGAAAUAAACCCAACUGUUCAUGGUUUGUCUGUGACUUGAUAAUUAUUUUUAAAACUAGUUUUUAAAGAAUUAACCCUAAAAUGGAAAGAAUUAUGCAUACAUUAGAACCUCAAGGAAAAAAGCUCACUGUUGGUUGAAUACUAUGAUCCCUACUCAUAAAUUGUCAUAUGUUUCAGGAUUUGUCACUCGAGAGUUCUUACGUUUUUAGGAACCAUGCCCUAAAUUUUUAAAAACAAUUUAAUUGUUCAGUUUGAAUAUGGAUAAAUAUUCAUUUGUGGUUUAUUUUGCAAGUACAUUUCCGUAUAUA